UAUGAGCUCCACAGAGUAUCAAGACUUUAUUUUACCAAAGUUGGUACUUCCCUCCCUGUGGGUGGAGAGACAAGAGACAGCUGACGUCAUACAAGAGCAGGGAUAAAGUGCUGUUUCUGCAGCUGUGGGAUGAGAAAAAACUUUUUAGAGGUAUAGAGAGUCUGCAAAAGACACUGCUAACCGAACUUUUAUUCCUGCAGCUCAGCCUUCACUGAGCUUUGGAGAAAAGAAAAAUAAUCCAAUAGUAACUGUCAGAAAACUGCUGCACAAUGCCACAGAAUGUUAUUCUCCCAGGACCUGCUCCUUGGGGAUUCAGGCUGACAGGAGGGAUAGAUUUUAACCAGCCUUUGAUCAUAACCAGGAUUACUCCAGGAAGCAAAGCUUCAGCGGCCAAUUUAAGUCCUGGUGAUGUCAUUCUAGCUAUUGAUGGCUAUGGUACAGAGAACAUGACUCAUAAUGAUGCACAGGAAAGAAUUAAAGCAGCAUCACAUCAACUUUGUCUCAAAAUUGAGAGGGCAGAAACUAGAUUAUGGUCUCCACAAGUUUCAGAAGAUGGCAAAGCACAUCCCUUCAAAAUAAAUUUGGAAGCUGAACCACAGGAUUUGAACUACUUUGAACACAAGCAUAAUAUUCGUCCCAAACCUUUCAUAGUCUCAGGCCGAAGCAGUGGAGGCAGUACUCCUUCCGGUAUUGAUGGUGGCAGUGGACGUAGUACCCCCUCAUCUGUUAGUACUCUUAGUACUAUUUGCCCUACUGAGUUGAAAGCUGCAUCUAAGAUGGCCCCUAACAUUCCCUUGGAAAUGGAACUUCCGGGUGUCAAGAUUGUACAUGCUCAGUUUAAUACGCCUCUGCAAAUGUACUCAGAUGACAAUAUAAUGGAAACACUGCAGGGCCAAGUUUCUACUGCUCUGGGGGAAAAUCCCCCAAUGAGUGAACCAGUACCAACCUCCGUACCUCAAUCUGAUGUGUACAGGAUGUUGUAUGACAAUCAGGAAGGAUCCAGUCAACCACGUCAGUCUGGUUCAUUUAAGGUACUCCAGGAUUUAGUCUCCGAGGAUUCUGAUGGACGUCCAGUUGGUAUGAGGAGUGUGAGAGCACCAGUAACAAAGACACCUUCUGGUGCAGGAAGUGUACAAAAAGUGCCAUUGUGUGACAAAUGUGGAAAUGGCAUUGUUGGUACAGUGGUGAAGGCUCGUGAUAAGUACCGGCACCCAGAAUGCUUUGUGUGCUCUGACUGCAAUACCAACCUCAAACAAAAGGGCUACUUUUUUGUGGAGGGACAAUUAUACUGUGAAACUCAUGCACGAGCCCGCAUGAGGCCACCAGAAGGAUAUGAAGCAGUUACUGUUUAUCCAAAGUGCUAGUCCUAUACUAACAGACACACAGACAUGCAUGCUCGCCAAGAUGUUAGCAGCUUAAAGCAGCAAUACAACUGGUUGUACUGCCUUAAUCCACAGUAGCCGCUUUUAAACAUUUUCUUUUGGGGGCGGAAGUGACACAGCAGUGUCAUUAACCAGCAAUAACAUAUUUACCAGUAACAUUUUGCAAAGUAAUUAUCUUUGAAGCUGUCAGUAUAAUUUAAUUAAAUAAGACAAUUAACAUUUUGUAUGGCAUAUUAUACUGGAUAAAAUAAUUUGAAAGAGUUGAAUGCUUGCAUAGCAAAUACAAUACAUAGAAUUGUGAAAUUAAGGUAUUUUUGUUUAGAACUUGUUUCAACAUAAACUACAUUUUUGCACAAAAUCUUAGUAACUAUGAGUGAUUCUGAGAUGGUCUGAGCACCAGCAACUCCCACUACUCAAUCCCUCAAAGAGUAAAAAAACCCAGGAAUUUUACACAUAUACUACCAAACUGCAGUUAUCUAUGUCUGCUUCAGCCAUAAAAUCAUUAAACUAUUGUUACUGUGUUACACAAUAAUAGGUUUUGUUUUCCUUGCUUUGAUAUUUGAGAGUCUAUUUACACUUCCUGGUACAACUAAUGUAACAAAAAAACUGAUGUUAUUUUUAUAUAAUAAAAACAUCAAGCACAAUGAUGCUUACUUAAA